AGCAUCAGGGAAAGGGCGGGACGAAAGUGUUCGCGGGAGGGAGGGGAAGGCCCAGGGAACCAAGCAGCGCUGCCGCCGCCGCCGCCGCUGCAGCCGGAGUUGGAGGAGGGAGAAGCCAGGAAGAAAAUGGCGGCCGUGGCUGCAGAGGCGGCAGCGACUGCAGCGUCCCCCGGGGAGGGGGGCGCCGGCGAGGCCGAGCCGGAGAUGGAGCCCAUCCCCGGCAGUGAGGCCGGCACUGACCCCCUCCCGGUCACGGCCACUGAAGCGUCUGUGCCGGAUGGCGAGACCGACGGACAGCAGUCCGCUCCUCAGGCCGACGAGCCGCCGCUCCCGCCUCCACCGCCGCCGCCGGGGGAGCUCGCCCGCAGCCCAGAGGCGGCGGGGCCGGAGCUGGAGGCUGAGGAGAAACUGUCCGUUCGGGUGGCGGAGUCGGCUGCAGCUGCGCCUCAGGGAGGGCCCGAACUUCCACCUUCUCCUGCAUCGCCGCCGGAGCAGCCCCCGGCACCCGAGGAGCGCGAGGAGCUGCCGCUGCCUCAGCCCGUAGCCCCGGCGCUCGUGCCGCCGGCGGGCGGGGACUCCACGGUGUCGCAACUGAUCCCGGGCUCGGAGGUGCGGGUCACGCUGGACCACAUCAUUGAGGACGCGCUCGUCGUGUCGUUCCGCCUCGGGGAGAAGCUCUUCUCCGGGGUCCUCAUGGAUCUGUCCAAAAGGUUUGGGCCCCAUGGUAUCCCUGUGACAGUAUUUCCCAAAAGGGAAUAUAAGGAUAAACCAGAAGCCAUGCAGCUCCAAAGUAAUACAUUCCAAGAAGGGACAGAAGUCAAGUGUGAAGCAAAUGGUGCUGUUCCUGAUAACCCUUCUCCUGUCCCGCAUCCCGAGCUGAGUUUGGCUGAAAGCCUGUGGAAUUCCAAACCACCACCUCUCUUCCAUGAAGGAGCACCUUAUCCUCCCCCUUUGUUUAUCAGGGACACAUAUAACCAAUCAAUACCUCAGCCACCUCCUCGGAAAAUUAAGCGACCCAAACGAAAAAUGUACAGGGAAGAACCCACUUCAAUAAUGAAUGCUAUUAAACUACGACCCAGGCAAGUUCUGUGUGAUAAAUGUAAAAACAGUGUUGUUGCUGAAAAAAAGGAAAUUAGAAAAGGUAGUAGUGCAAGUGACUCUUCUAAAUAUGAAGAUAAAAAACGGAGAAAUGAAAGUGUAACUACUGUGAACAAAAAACUGAAAACUGACCAUAAAGUGGAUGGGAAAAACCAAAAUGAAAGCCAGAAAAGAAAUGCUGUGGUUAAGGUUUCAAAUAUUGCUCACAGCAGAGGCAGAGUCGUAAAAGUUUCUGCUCAGGCAAAUGCAUCAAAAGCUCAGUUAAGUACUAAAAAAGUUCUCCAGAGUAAGAACAUGGAUCAUGUGAAAGCUCGGGAAGUGUUAAAAAUUGCCAAAGAAAAGGCACAAAAGAAGCAAAAUGAAACCUCUACUUCCAAAAAUGCACAUUCAAAAGUCCAUUUCACACGUCGAUACCAGAAUCCUAGCUCAGGUUCCCUUCCACCCCGGGUUCGUUUAAAACCACAGAGGUACAGGAAUGAAGAAAAUGACUCUUCUCUGAAGACAGGACUUGAGAAAAUGCGGAGUGGCAAGAUGGCACCCAAGCCCCAGUCUCGCUGCACCUCUACCCGCUCAGCAGGUGAGGCCCCUUCAGAAAAUCAGAGUCCCUCAAAAGGCCCUGAAGAGGCCAGCAGUGAGGUUCAGGACACAAAUGAAGUGCAUGUGCCUGGUGAGCAGGAUGAACCACAGACAUUGGGCAAAAAGGGCAGCAAAAACAAUAUCUCUGUUUAUAUGACCCUAAAUCAAAAGAAAUCUGACUCCUCCAGUGCUUCAGUGUGUAGCAUUGAUAGCACAGAUGAUUUGAAAUCUUCCAACUCUGAGUGUAGUUCUUCUGAAAGCUUUGAUUUUCCUCCAGGCAGUAUGCAUGCACCUUCCACCUCCUCCACUUCCUCCUCUUCAAAGGAAGAGAAAAAGCUCAGUAAUUCCUUGAAAAUGAAAGUCUUUUCCAAAAACGUCUCUAAAUGCGUCACACCAGAUGGCAGGACCAUAUGUGUAGGGGACAUUGUUUGGGCCAAGAUAUAUGGCUUCCCUUGGUGGCCAGCCCGUAUUCUUACUAUAACUGUGAGCCGGAAAGAUAACGGCCUUUUAGUCCGACAGGAGGCCCGUAUUUCAUGGUUUGGGUCUCCAACAACAUCUUUCCUUGCUCUUUCACAACUCUCCCCCUUUUUAGAAAACUUCCAGUCACGCUUUAAUAAGAAGAGAAAGGGCCUGUAUCGCAAGGCUAUCACAGAGGCAGCUAAGGCUGCCAAGCAGCUGACCCCCGAAGUGCGGGCUUUGUUGACACAGUUUGAAACGUGAACACGGACAGUAAGGUCUGCUUCCAGUGGAGGUGAGAAUGGGGGUAGACGAAAAGAGAAAUCCUUAAUCACCAGAGGCACAGGCUCCUUCCCACUUCCUAGCAGCUUUUCUCACUCUGAGACCUCCCAUCUUAGAGUAAAGCCCAGGUAAAGCACUUAAAGAUGCAUGGCCUUGGCUGGGUACAGUGGCUCACACCAGUAAUCCCAGCACUUUGGGAGGCUGAGGCAGGAGGAUCACAUGAGUCUAGGGGUUUGAGACCAGCCUGAGCAACAUAGGGAGACCCUGUAUCUACAAAAAUUUAAAAAUUAGCUAGAUGUGGGGGACACGCCUGUUGUCACAGCUAUGCAGAGGUUGAAGUAGGAGGACUGCUUGAGCCCAAGGAGUUCAGGGUUGCAGUGAGCCAUGAUCAUGCCAUUGCACUCCAGCCUGGGUAACAGAGCAAAAAAGACGCAUGGCCUUCACAUUUUCCAGGCCUCCCUAAUAACUCAUGGUAAGAACUUUUAGUCUCAGGCUUAAGAACUAGCCCAAGGAAGCUCACCAUGUCCAGAGAAAGGCCAACCCAUCUUUGGAUGAAACAGUAAAUUGAGAAAGCUCCCAGAACCUGGGAUGGCCGUUCUCCAGGCAGGCCUCCAAAACCUAAACCUGGGACACAUGCGUUCAGUGCUGCUGCUUGUGUCAGGAAACCACCGGCACAAACCCCGGGUGCCUGCGCACAGGAGCGGCACAGCCUUGGGCACGUGUGUAUAGCCAGGGGCUCGCAACAAGCAAGAGUAAGACAGGGCAGCCUCAGGGCAACCCGAGUUAGCAACACCAACCAGGAACGCUGGCAGUUUGUCCUGGGGUUGGAAAAAGAGGACAGGGAGGGGGAAAAAAACCCAUCAAAAGCAGCCCAAUAAAAUGUUGGUACUGGGAAAUCCUUGGGUCUUGUGAUAUGGAGUGAGUGAAGUGAGAAUGAGUCUCAGGAGCCACUCACAUCAGACUCCCGAGGAGGGGCAGUUCCAUGGUGGAGAAGCCUCUGGUCCAGGCCUACUCUGGAUGGUCCACUGAGCCCAGGGCCACUACGUGGAUGGAGGGAUCAUUGCAAGCUCAUCUCCAGUGCCAGAAAAACAAUUUAAAGUACAAACUGGAGAUUUUACUUGGCAUCUAUUAUGUGAGCCACUGGGAUGUCAAGAAUAAAAGUAGCUUCCAUGCACAGUGAUCACAGUCUAGUGGGGAGGCAGACCCAAAAGACUGAGGUGUGCCCAGAGGUGCUUUCUGACCUUACAGGAGCACGAGGAAGCCUUUUCAGAAGAGGCCACACACCGCAGUGCUCUGGGGGAUGGGAAUCGGUCCCGAGCGAUGGCAUGUCACCGUGCUCCAGGGAUGGCAGCGUCCUCAGGCAGCAGUGGCUUGGUUUUAGGCUGGUCUGCACUAAAGGAGGUUUCCUUCUAGUGCAGAAAGCCCAUUCCAAGCUAAGACUGCGAAUAUUCAAACUGCCGAAGAGAGGAAGAAUUCUCUUUCCCAGGCCCUCACUGCCUAACUGGCUAAAGGGCCUGUCUGCCACAAGUCACCUUUGAACUUUUAGCUUGUAUGAUUCUAUGGUGUGGCAGUCAUGAAGAUGUACCUCUCCAAAUGCAGGGGACACAGUGGCUGCACUCUAAAAUCCAUCAGCACAUUCAUGCAGAGGCCACCCUUCCCACCUGUGGCUUCCAGCCAGCGCCUGAGCAUGUGAGGGGUAGGCCAGGGACUCGUCUGAGGGGCAGCGCUGGCUCCCCAAUGGCUUUGUUGAAACUUUCUCAACACCACAGUCCAGUGGAAAACUUUCCCCCUCCCCCGCUCCUCGUUCUCCACAGGGGUCUGCCAGCUCUGCCAACAUCCUCCAGCUCCCAGCCCCAUUUUCCCUUGCAGGUGUUUCCCCCAAUAAAUCUCUUGUACUUUUAAUCCUAUCUUGGCAUCUGUUUUUUGGAUGAUCCAGACUAACACAUAGAUAAUUAUUCUUUUUCCUUCAAUUCCAGUAUCUCUGCCUUUAUACCAUUCCACAUUAAUUUCACCAACCAUC